UCGUUAGUUCAAUCGAAACGCGAGUCCCGUUCUUUCAUCGAUUCACUCCCUCUCGCUCUCUCUCUUCCCUCUUCGUCAUUCCCAGAUCUACUAGUGAAGCUCCUCCAAUGGCCGACGAUUCCUCCACAAAUCAGCAUGCCGACCAGUCUCCGGCCAACGGCCAGGCAAUGGCUGACGCAAUCUCGGUGAUCCCACCGUCGAUUGCGCCUCCACGCAAGGUCGCCCUGAUCAGCGGCAUCACCGGCCAGGACGGCUCAUACCUCACCGAGCUCCUCCUCAACAAGGGCUACGAGGUCCAUGGCCUCAUUCGCCGCUCCUCCAACUUCAACACCGCCCGCCUCGAUCACCUCUACGUCGAUCCCCACAACUCCAACAAGGCCCGGAUGCGUCUCCACUAUGCCGACCUCUCCGACGCCUCCUCUCUCCGCCGCUGGGUCGAUACCCUCCUUCCUGACGAGGUCUACAAUCUCGCCGCUCAAUCCCAUGUCGCUGUCUCCUUCGAGAUCCCUGAUUACACCGCCGACGUCGUCGCCACCGGCGCUCUCCGCCUCCUCGAUGCCGUCCGCGCGGCGACCCCCUCUAAGCCCGGCGGCAUCCGCUACUAUCAGGCCGGAUCGUCUGAGAUGUUCGGCUCCACACCUCCUCCUCAAUCUGAAACAUCCCCAUUCCACCCCCGGUCCCCUUACGCCGCCGCCAAGUGCGCCGCUCACUGGUACACUGUCAACUACCGUGAGGCUUACGGUUUGUUCGCCUGCAACGGGAUCCUCUUCAACCACGAGAGCCCUCGCCGCGGCGAGAACUUCGUGACCCGCAAGAUCACCCGCGCCGUUGGCCGGAUCCGCGUCGGCCUGCAGACCCGGCUGUUCCUCGGUAACCUCUCGGCCGCUCGUGACUGGGGCUUCGCCGGGGAUUACGUUGAGGCGAUGUGGAUGAUUCUGCAGCAGGACAAGCCCAGCGACUACGUCGUCGCCACCGACGAGUCUCACACCGUCGAAGAGUUCUUGGAGGAGGCCUUCGGAUGCGUGGGUCUCCACUGGAAGGACCAUGUGGAGGUGGAUCCCAGGUACUUCAGGCCUGCGGAAGUUGAUAGCUUGCGAGGGGAUUCCACCCGGGCAAGGACCGUGCUCGGUUGGAAGCCCAAGGUGGGCUUCAAGGAGCUGGUGAAGAUGAUGGUGGACAAUGAUGUUGAUCUCGCGAAGAAGGAGAAGGUCCUGGUCGACGCCGGCUACCGAGACGCGCAGCAGCAGCCAUGAUCAAUGUUUAUUUGGUAAUGCCCCUUUGCCUUCCCAUGAAUUUUUCAUUCCUUCCCUUACAAACUAUUCCAGAGAGAACUUAAAAAAUAAAAAUGAAAAGAAAAAAAAAAAAAAAAUCCUUCUUUUGUCCUUAAUAUUUUGUUCCUUUAAUUUGUUUGUUAUUUGUUACUGCUGUUAUUGUUUACAAGUCGGAUCUUUGCCAUUAAUUUUGUUCCAAUAAUUAAAUUAUUGUAUGAUUAGUUUUAGCUGCUUA